AUGGAUUUCACGAUCCCCCGAUUUCUGAUGGACAUGGCUCUGUCUACAACUCCUCAACAGGCUUUCCAACAGGCCGACGCGCUCCUCUUGCAGGCAGCAGAGCUGAAGCACAAAGCUACCGAGUAUCAAUCGCAACUUGCUAUCCUCAAUGAGCGAGCCGACAUCUUAGUUGCGACCGCCUGCGGCCUUCAGGCCAUUGCACAGCAAGACCGCGAAAGUAUCCAGCAUCUUCUCGACAGUGCCUUGGAAAUGUACGGAAGCAACGUCGACGAGUAUGCAAGUCUUCCUCGGAAGGCGGAACGGUUGGAAUCUUUGAAAAUCCGGGUGGAAGAUGGCAUGGCCACCAUAGAACAGCUGGAGGCUUUCCUUCAAGACAUGAUGACGUCUACCACACCCACUCGGUCCGAAAGAUCUCUCGCCCCUGAACCUGAGAGUCCGCCAACUCCAUUGAGAACUGCGGCACCGGCCUUUGUUACUGGAGUCAAGCGAGGAAGGUCCGAAAACGAGGAGGACGAACAUCAAGCAACACAACCAGUCAAGAGACUCAAGAGAGAGCAUUUGGCGAAUGAGGAAGGCUAUCAUUCAACCCAACCUUCCCCGAGAGGAGAAGAACAUGAUGAAGGAUCUGACUCGGUCGCCCCGAUCAACGAAGCUCACAGCAGUCCCUCCACCAAAGACUCGGUCGUGAGUGGCGAAAGCGAAACCGGCAUCACCAUCACAACUCCACGCCCCAACUCGAUCGGAACGGAAGCAGCAUUGGCUCAUAUUGCUGGGGACACUCAAGAGCAAGACUCCGACUCGGCUUGCAAGGAAGCAACAUCAUCAGAACCUCGCAGCUCUCCUCCUGCCCCGGCGCCCGACUGUGAUACUUUGAGAGUCAGUUCUGAUGACAAGCCAGUGAAGAAGACCAAGAGACAUCGGAAACACCCGCGGCAGAAGGAGCACAAGAAAACCAAGCGAGUCAAAUCUAGCAGCACCAAGGACAUCAGUGGCAAGGCUGAAGAUAAGAAGGAACGGAAACGCAAGAAUAAGGGACACGAAAAGGCCAGCUAA